AUGGAUGUCACUGCGAACGGGAAUUUCGCGAGUCUCUUCAACAAUGAGAGACUUUCUGAUGCUAUUAUCGAGUGCGAUGGCAAACGCUGGUUCGUGCACAAGCUCAUACUCUGUACGCGUUGCGAAUGGUUCAGUAAAGCCCUGGAGGGCAGUUUCGUGGAAAAUGACAAGUCCCAAAUCGUUAUCCACGAGAUACACCCGGACCAUAUCGAGUGGUUGCUUAGAUAUCUCUACACGGGCACAUCUGCACUAAAAGAGGCUCCAGGAUUCAGCGAUAACCUCUUCGUGGCAAGCUGUGAGGCCAGUGAGGUUGCUGACUUCUUCGUUCUUGCACCUCUGAAGAAGACUAUCGCGCACAAUGUUAUGGCAACACUCAACGACCUCAUCACUGCUAUUCAGCCCGUCCCUGAUGCAUCAGUGCGCGAGGAAAUCUGCAGCAAAACAUUUGGUCACGCGUUCGCCAAGGACUUCUGGAAGUACUUCUUCCACGGUGUCCGUCGCAUCUAUGCCUCCACGCAUGAUGUCACCGAGCUCCGCAAAACCAUUGUCGAGUUCGGGAUUCGAACACUUGAAUUCGUGAGGUGUACCGAUGUCAUUGUCAGUGCUUUGAAGUCGGAGUCACUUUUCGCUGCCGAGGUUCUCUGCGGGCUCCUUCACAAGAGAGAGCUUCUAGAGUCAGGCAAGGACGCAGACGCCGUGGUGCGAUGCGGCGAACACACUUGGAACAUCCACAAGUCCAUCCUCUGCGUGCGGUCAAAAUGGUUUGAGAAAUCUCUCGACGGGCCUUUCAUGGAGUCAUCGUCAGGAACAGUCGUCAUUGAGGAGUUCAAACCGGCAUGCGUGAAAUGGGUGCUCGAUUAUCUGUACAGCGGAAGCUACGACUUUGAGGAGACAGACCAGGGCUUCACCAACGACACGUUCGUCGCCAGUACAGAGGCCUGUGAAGCUGCUGACUUCUUCAUGCUCGACACUCUUCUUACGGCCAUCGCGGGCAGGCUUCAGGAAAGGCUCGAACCUUUGGUCGCCGUGUUCCAGAUGUACGCGAUGAACAUCGACCCCCGCCAAAGCGUGUACCUCGCACUCCGUGGUGAGCGGCUCUCGGUGUUCUUCUAUUCCUUCUUGAAGUCCUUCUUCAACGUCGUGCGCAUUGCCUACACCAAUGGACAUCCGAGCAAGGCUCUUCGCACCGUCCUGGUUAAAUUCUUCGCCCGAGCAAGCCCGGGCCUCCUAUCUUAUCCGGAAAUCAGCGAAGGAUUGAGGCAAGAGGCUGCAUUUGCCACCGAAGUCUUCAUGAGGAAUGAGGAUGAUCAGGGCGUCACCGAUACCUCAGAACGUUCAGAGUAG